AUGAUUUAUGCAGAGAGCAACAAGGCCUGUAACCUGGCCCAUUUCUUGAUCAAGCAAGCCCGAUAUGAUGAGGCUCGUUAUAUUCAUGGAGAUGUUUGGAGAGGCAAAUAUUUAGGUUCUGAUGAUACAAAAACAAAGAAUCGAGUUGAGGAAUUGUUGUUGGAAUUGGACUUGAAACAACCCCCACCCUUCUUGCAAAACAUAUCGGGCCUCGAUUUGGAUGAUGAUUUUGUGAAUGGGCUUGAACAGUUAAUUAGUGAAUGGGCCCGGCCCAAAUCAAGAAGGCUACCAAUAUUUGAGGAAAUUUCUACAUUCAGAGAUCAAUUGGCCUGUUGA